GUUUGAAACUGCUUAGAAAAAGUGUGCUCCAUUUUCGUCCGACCUUCUGCAAAGCAGAGCUCACGCGCUCUUCUUGGGUUCAUAAUGGAACUCGCGGCGGAUCUCAAAGUGGAGGAGACAUCGCCUGAUGAUAACAAGCCCCAGAACUCCUCCAGCAGCUCGACAAUGACGUCCGAUUCCUCUCCUAACCACGGCGGUGUCAGUCCAACAGCCAAGAGUGAAGAAGGCUCCGUGGCGUGGCCUCGCUCUUCUCAGACUGAGGGAACGUACUCGACAGACCUUUUCCAAUCUUUCCCAAAAGUCUGUCAAAAGGCAAAAAGCGGCGUGCAACUUUGCCAGGCCGUCUCAGCUUUUGUCAUUGAGCGUGCGGGACUGGAGAGCAAUUACGCGCAGUCACUGCUUAAGCUGGCACAGAGUGCAAAGGCUGAAGACUGGUCGAAGCAAUUUACAGAAUGCUGGGCCACAUUUCAAGAAGCCACAGAGCAUCUGGCUCAAGAGCGGUGGGCAUUUGCCCAAACCAUGCAGACCUCUAUUGUUCCUGGUGCCAAGGCCUUCGCGGCGCAGCAGGAAACUCAGGUGCAUCGACUCGUUUCAGAGGGGACCAAGGUGCGUUGGGCUCAACAGCAGAUGAUUUCUUCGAUGGAGAAAGCAAAAGAAAAGUACGAUCGCAAAUGCCAAGAAGCGAUCGAGAUCACGACAGCAAUGCGAAAGAGUGACAACAGCACGUUAGCAGACGUUAAUUCCUCGUCCUCUGACUCGUCAGAUGAAGUUUCAGCGUCAAAGGAGCUGACCGACAAACUGGCAGCAGGUGCUGGGCAAUUGCUGACAAAGAUGUGGGAUACCACGUCUUCUUUUGGACGCAACCCGUUGGAGCGACAGAGAUCAAAGUUGUAUAGCAGUCUUGAAGACGUUAUCGCCGCGGAAAAGCACUACGUUCAUACGGUGGAUUACACAAACGCGCAGCGACUCAUUUUCGAGCGGGAAAUCAAGGAGAAUUUGCACGCUUUUCAGCUUACAGAAGAGCAGCGUCUCGAAUAUCUUCGAGAUGUACUGAUGCGCAUGCAAAAGGCAUUUAUUAGCAUGUUUUCGCGGUCUCAGCAAUUCGUCGAGCGGAUGAAAGCAAGCGCCAACAAAGUUGAUGAACUGGCUGAUAUUGAAAAGGGGUUCCAAAGUCUUGGAGGCCAAGACGAGAUAGAUGUCGACCGAGCAGACUUGUCGACUAAUCCUUCCUACCUACGCAUGACGCAUAUCCAGGAGAUGUCGGACACCGGACACCGGAUGGUUGGAAUCAUCAACUCAGUGGUGACAGAAUUUAUUGCGAGCGAGACCCGCUUUUCACAUUCUCUGCGUAAGCUACUGCGACUGCACGAAAACGGUGGACACGCCCCACCUACAGAUCUAUUCGGCACAUCAUCCAAUACAAUGAACUUCCUGUCUGAUGAAGGUGCAUCGAUGGCGAAUGGUUGGAUGGCAGUGAAGGAUCAAGUAAAGCUUCUCCUGGAAGUUCACCAGGAAUUCCGAUCGCUACUUGCCGAGCCCGUGUCUCUCAGCCUUGCCACCAUGAAGAGUGAGUACGAGAGCGUUCGUGUUACUACACAAGAGAGCUUCUCGAAGCUGCAUUCGUCAUUGUGCAAUGAAGCGGGUGCUCAUAAAAAGCUUCAUCAAAAGCUUGAUACGAAAGCCAGGGACUUUGCGAUGACCUUUUCGUAUCUGCCAGGAGCAACCCCUGUCGCCACAAAUUCUUACGGCAUCGAUGUCACUCAGGCUUUGAUGGUGCUUAGUGCCAAUGCUCGUUUGUUUAAUGAAAAGGAGCGACGAUCGGAAGCCAAGCUCCGUCAGCUUGCGGAGGAAAUUCGUCAGCUACAAGCGCAAGCCACAGAGAGCACCAAGGUUUUAAAGCAGACGUACCAGAAUUAUGUUCAGGAAAUCGAGGUGUUUAUUUCAACAUGCAUGAAAAACGAGAAAUACCGGCUUCAAGUCGGCAAAAACUCGUUACAAUCGCUUGCAAAAGCCGUCGAGCACAUGCUGCAGGGAGGAGCGUCAGUCGGAAACAAGGCCUUGAUAGAAUUCGAGAAGAUCGAUCCAAGCACGGAUAUGGCCGAGUUUAUUCGAAUCAACCGGCAGCCGUACGAACGGACCAAGCGCAUCGUUCCUGCUUAUCACGGCAAUGACAACUUGAAAGAAGCAAUGCGAGAAUAUCUUUCGUCGCUGAGAGCUCCUUCAUCGAUAACCUCAGAAAACUCGGAUAAUAAUCCGCGAAGCCGCACAAGCAGCUUCAGUCCGUUUGGCGAGAUCAAUGCUUCAUCCGAGAAAAAAUCCCCGCGCACGAGAGUUAGACUGGAAGGAGACGAUCAUACAGCUACUGCAAACGAAAAUGGUGCAGAUGGUAGCCUCUCUGACGAGGAUGAAAGCGAAGAUUCUGGAACUGAACAAGAGGAAGAAUUCACCGAAUCACAGCCACUUGGUGUUUCCGAUUUCCAAAAGAAGUUUAAGCUCGAUUCACCGGAGCAAGUCGUUGAAAGCUUUUCGUGUGCACUCUACCUCUCCAACUUCCCGUACCAUGGUCGACUUUAUCUUACAAGGGACCGAAUGUGCUUCUCUGGAUGGAUGGACACAAUAUUCGUUGCUUCAUUCUCUGACAUUUCAGCAAUGGAGAAGAAAAACACAGCGCUGAUAGUUCCCAAUGCUAUUGAGCUCACAGUCAAAGGAGAGAAAAUAUUUUUCGCUUCAUUUGUAUUUCGUGAUGAAUGUUAUCAGAGCAUCCAGCAACUACGAUCCAUCAAGAAGGAGACAGAAGAGUUAAUGUCAGAUCCAGCAAACCACUCUGACCCAGAGACGACUGACAGCGAGUCUAGACGACGAAGGAGUUCUAAGGACUUAGCUGCUGUUGCUCCUAGUUCCGAAUCGAGCUCCACUGAUGCGACUCCAGUAGACGACAACCGUCCCCCGUCGUCCUUUUCUUCGAAAACUAUGGCAUCAACACCACCAACUAAUAUUCCAGACAAGGAUACUCUGCUGAGUGAGUACGAUAUAUUGAUGGACGAAGAGGUGGAAUUCAGUGUUGAGACUGCUUACUCAACGUUAUGGAUCGAGUCGGAUACUUUCUCGCGUAACCUACUUGAGGCGGCCGGCGCAACGAACAUAUCUCUCCCUGCUUGGGAGAAGAAAAGUACCUCGUACACAGCGGUGGCCACUCCAGAUACGUUUGAUGGCUCUCGUGUGGUUUCAUACACCCACAACAAGAAGUAUAUGGUAGGGCCCAGCGUCAUUCCGACCACCCAAACCCAGCGCUAUGCGUACACACCUGGUAGUCGCCUUGUUGUGAGCACGACAACAUGCGUUUCCGAUGUUCCGUACUGCGAUUACUUCCGAGUUGAACAUCGAUGGGUCUUCAGUGCUACGAAAAAUAGAGGCAUGUGCUUGGCUCAAGUGGGGCUACGCGUACAAUGGUCGAAAAACACAUGGCUGAAGAAACAGAUUGAAAGCACGACAGUCACUGAGGCUAAGGAUGCUGUAAAAGCAUGGUUAAACGCUGCUCUCGAUGCAACAAAGGAGCAGACAUCAACUGGAAGCAGUUCUAAGUCUCCAGCUCCUGCUAACAAACCUUCGGAACAGCCAUCUGAGUCUGUGAGCACACGCGAUGCUCCACCCAAAGAACCAACUAAAGAGGUUGAUAGCUCAACGAGUUCAUCAUCAACUGCGCCGAAUAAGGCUGCUUCUACUUCGAGCAACGGACUGCCGGCACAACUUCACCCUACAAUUCAAGCGGCAAUCAUCAUCUGUGCGCUGAUGUUUGUCUACACCAUGUAUCGAGUGUGUGCUGCGAUGAACCAAAUGCAAGCGUUAACAAGGGAGUCGCUGGUCCAACAGCGUCAGCAACAUGAGCUGCUAAAGGAGCUUUUAGAGAAGCUUGGAAGUACGAGAGAGCGAUAACCGACAACUUGAAACAUCUCCUUCAAUGGACACUGAAGUACUUGUGGCCUGGUGUUUAUUGACUAUACCCUUCUUCAUCUUCUUCCUACGUAACCACAAGUAACAGUGUCAAGUGCAAGCGAGUGAGAUAUGACCAAUGUUGCAUCAUACCUCGUCACUGUACGAAGGGAGAGUUGCAAAACUUAGCAUCGGAACGUCUUGAGGUCGGAAGUGUGGUUGACUCGUAUCUUCGGCGGUGAUAAGCUGGACAUCAUCCAGAUCGUCUGAAAGCGAGAGGAUCAAAGCAUGUUUGCGUUAGUUCUUCCACAAUCAACGACAAUUGAGUGAAU